CGCCGAGUUUCCUCUUUGGGAGGUAUCUAAUUAUAUUUUGUCUCCUCCAGUCAGAAGCCCUCAGCACACAUCCACAAACGAGCGACUCUGAUUUAAAUAUCUCGAGGCGGUUGGAAUGCUCCUGGAAAGUUGAGCUUAUGGAGGACGAUAAUUAAUAUUUCCAGAUACUCGGAGGAAGUAUCUCGCCGGUCCCAUGGCCAAAAACAAAUACCUGAUUGCUUCCCCUGCGCCAACAUUGGCUUCCAAGUCACCGAUACUGCGCAUCAUGAGACCAAAGCUAUACCUCCAGUUACAACAGCUCUCCGCCGACCAACGUCCGAGGCCGGUUCUUGAUGCAUUAUCGCCUCCAAGGUCGUGGGUGAACAUCUGCCCGGACUGGAUGAAACGUCACUUUUGGGGCGUCUCUUCCGGUCGGCAUGACGCUACAGAUGUUCUUUUGACCGAAUCAGGUGGCUACGAUGCAGACGUCAACGACGAGAAGAAGGACCUGACCACUCCAAAAGUCAUUGCACUUUUGCGUUUGAGGACGGGGGGGAGGAGAAGUGGUAUCAUUCUUGGAAACACGGAGGAGUGGAUCGCACAUGACCUCCCAAACGGGUCUUACGAGUUCGUCCGCGUCGGGCCUGACGGCGACACCGCCAUCGCACGCUGGGCUCUCAAGACUGUAUCCACAGAGGGAGCACAAGCCCACCUUCACUCGAGUCGUUCGGCCAGACGUGCAUCAUCAGUUGUCGAAAUCAGCACAUCUUCAAACCUGCACCCAUGUUUCGUAUUCAGCAUCAUCAGCCCGAAGUCGUGGAGGCAUGCCAUCUUAGCAGCACUUGAGCGAGACAGGCUCGAGAUCAAUGAGACGUACAUUCCGAUGCAUCUAAGCGAUGGCGGUGACAGUGGCUAUGACUUCUCCACAAGCUCUUCUGCGUGUCCUGGUCUGGGAGAGAUUGAUGACAGAGAAGGCAUAGUUGGGGAGGCGACGAAGAAGCUUACCAUGGCCACCGCUAUCUGGGUCACACUGCGAGUGGGUUGGUCGCCAGUCUACAGAUCGCCUAUCCAAGCGGUCGGCAAAGGGUCAUAACGCGGAGGAUACGAGCCACAGAGCUUGUGGGUUUUGAAAGUAGUCG